AUGCUUCAAGCCAACAAACCCUCUGCCUCCACUACACCUAUCAUUCUUCCAUACCAUUCACAUACCUCUGAACCACAAGCUUUUGAACAACAAACCUCCGCACCACAAGUUACUGAACUUCAAGACUCUGAUAAAACCACUGCCAAUCCACAAUCACGUCAUCCUUCUGAUCGUGACAACCUCUCUCCUACUCCAUCUGUAUCCUUUCCCACAAAUGUUCCAUUUUCUUCUCCAUCCAACAAGUCAGAAGUCUCUAGGCAAUUCUUUCAAAUUGCUAGAGAAAUGCUCUCUGAAAUCCCUGAGCAUUUCAUCAAUGUUCCUAGUCCUCGCCGCUACCCUGGACCUAGGCCAGAACCUCUGGUUCCUCCUGAUUUCCCUAUCCAGGCAAUUCCUCUUGCCUCCAUGCCUCCUCCUCCUCCUCCUCAUCCUCUUUCUCCUCUUCAAGAGAAUGCUGAGUCAGUCUCCAACCAUUCACCAGAUAAUCCUCAGACUGAAACUCUUCAACCAAACCCUGAGACCAAUAACUCUGUACCUCAGACUCUGCAGAUUGGCUCUCCCUCUGAAGUUGCCAGCAGCAACCACUCCUCAUCACCUUAA